AUGAGACUCUUGCUACUAUUACUGAUUGCUUUUGGAAGAUAUGCCUAAUCAAAUCAAAUAUUUCUAAAUGAUGAUUCUUUGAGUGAUCAAAAUCAACGAUAAUUAACCGAUGAUACAUAAGUAUACAAGUCAUUAAACUAAAACAAUCUAACAUACUUUGUGAUUCCUCAUUCUCAUACUGAGGCAGGGAAAUGGCUGACAUUCAAUGUCUACUACCAUGGAAGAGUUAGAAAUAUUUUAACAUCAACUUUCAACUACUUGAAUUAGAAAUAUCGAACAGAGGAUUCACUGAAUUAAAACAAGGAGAAAUUUAUCUGGUCGGACUUUGCAUUUUUUAUGAGAUGGUGGAAUGAAGAUACUAUAUCAUCAACAAAAGAUUAACUUAAGUAAUUCAUUGAAAGAGGAAUAUUUUCACUUGAAAAUGGGGCUCCCGUAUAGCAUGAUGAAUCACUGAGCGACUAUAAGAGUAUAAUCAUGAUGUUUGAUAGCGGCCUACAAUUCAUUAAUGAGACAUUUGGAGUCUUGCCUAAACUUAUCACCAGCAUUGAUGCAUAUGGUCACUCAUCCAUUUCUCCUUAUUUAUAUCACUACUUAGGAUAUGAAGGCAUUGUUGUUAAUAGAAUGCCAAAUGAGAUGUCAUAGGAGUUUAAAGCAUAAAAGAAAUUUUUCUUUACAUGGGAAGGUGACAAUGAUAAAAAAAUAAAAGUUUACAGAGUUAAUGACUAUAAACUUGACGAUUUGUUUAAUCUUGACAAGAGCAAGUAUUCAGGCGAUAGCUGUUUCAAGGAAAAUGAUAAUUGCGCUGAAAGUUUUAUCAAGAAACACCUGGCAGACUAAAUUUUUCAAGAUGAUUCAACUGGACAUGAUGUAGCUUAUUAGAUGUUUGGGGGUGAUUUCUCAUUUCAGCAGUCACCUAAUAAUUUCGGAAACGUUCAUCUGAUUAUUAAAAAUCUAAUGAGAUAUUAUGAUGAUAAGAUCAAUAUCAAAUUCGCUACAUUUACUGAUCUUCAUAAGUAAUUUGGAGGAGUUGAAGCAGGAAGAGAACCACAUUUAGAUUUCUCAAAAAUUUACAAAGGCGAUAUGCUUCCUUAUGAUGAGAGUAACGGUGAUGCUUGGACUGGAUUUUAUGGGAGUAGGCCAGAACUCAAGAGUCAAAUUAAGUAAAUCUUCAACUAUUUUAAGGGAGUCGAGACCCUCUUCUUUGUGAGUUAAUGUGAACUUGAGAGGCUCAAGACUAUUAAAAUGACUGAAAGUGAAGCAUCAGAAGCAGUUCAAAAGGAUUUUUAGUAAAGAUUAGAACUAUUCUAAAAUUACCUCAACCUUAAAAUAAAAGAUCUCCAGAGAGUCAGGAAUGACAUAUCAAUCUUAUUACACCAUGAUGCAAUAGCUGGUACAUGCAGUCAAGCCCCAGAAUAAGAUUAUUUUAAUAAAAUAUCUUAGGCUAGAUAAGCACUUAACUAAAUUAGCUACGAUUUAACAGAAAGGCUUUCUCGAGCAUAAAUUUAUGAUAGAAUGAUUGAUUUUACGAGAUAGAAGUAAGCAUCUUAAAAUAAUGAUAGAAGCAGAGGUGAAUUUUAAGUGACUAUAUUUAAUCCACUUCCAAGAAACCAAACUAAUAUAGCAACAGUUAUGCUAUUAUCUAAUAGUAUAAAAGUGCUUGAUUUGAUUACUGCUAAGGAAAUUCCAUUUGAUUUGCAUGAAAUUGAAGCUGAAAGAUAAUACAAAGCAGAGAUUUUACUAUAAAUGAAACCGUUUGAGUUAAGAAGUUUGAUUAUUAGAGAAUCGUAAAUGAAUACCUAUAAUCCAAAAAUGCUGAUAACAGAGGAAUAACUGAGCAUUUAAUCAGCAUACGAUCUUUCAAAUGAUAAAUAUCAUCUUACAAUUAGCUUUGACAUAACAAAGAAGGAAAUUCUCUAACUAAGAUUUAAAAGCAGACUAAUUGAGCAAGAAUUUCAGGAUGAGGAACUUCAAGAGAGCGUGGUAUUCUAUCCUGCUGAUAACACUCAUUCUUGCAUUUUCUUAUUCAACCCCAAAGAUGCUUAAAAAGUUCUUGAAGAUUAUGAAUUCGUAAAUAUUACUCAGAAAGAAACUAAGUAUUACAAAUAAGUCAGAUUUAAUUACAUGAAGCUAAAUGAGUUGAGAGGUACUAGUAGGCUAUCUAAAAUAUUUACUCUAAGCAAAUCCCCAGCUCAUUCACAUUUCUACAACAUAUCAUAUGAGAUCCAGAGCUUUGACAAUCGUGAAAUUAUGGUUCAAUUGAGAAGAAGUCAACAAUAUAAAUAUAGAGUCUAUACAGAUAAUUCUGCUUUUCAUAUCCUUAGAACUUAUGACGAGAAGAACUCAGGCUUAUCAAAAGUUGGAAAGUAAACCUAUCCUUUUGUAAAUGGCAUAAUAUGGGAUACAGAAAGAAAUGGAAAUCUCAUGAAUAUUGUGACUAACAGGCCAGGAGGAGUAAGUUUGAAAACUACGAAAUCUGAUACAUUGGAUUUCUUCUUGACAAGGUCAAUAAACAAUGUUAACUGGGAAAAAGGUCUUCAAGAUAAGCUAGAAGAUAGUACUUUGACAAGGUUUGACUUGCUUAUCAGUUUAAAAGAGGAAAAAGAUACUGUUCUUGAAAGUAGAAAGCAUAAUAUUGAAAAUCAGAAUGAAAAUUUCAUUGUAAUAUAGGCUUAAAUGCAAAGACCACUUUCCCCUUACGACUAACCUAUUGUUGACCUGGGAAACUAGACUGCUCUAUAAGAUUUUGAACUAAUUGACUUUGUGAGAAUAAGCAAUACAACCUAUUUAAGAUUAAGGAACUAGCACAAUGCUGUAAUGAAACUUUCAAGACAGAUAAUGGCACUUGAGAUGACAGAUAUAAAAGUGGAAGUAGUCGAUGAAAGUCUUGCAGCUCAUUGCUUGACUAAGAAUAAAAAUUUAGAUUUACCUAUUCAUCAAACUUCAAAAGAUUAAUAGCUUUUCGCUCAUAGGGAGCUUAUUAGAUUUGAGACAACCAAUGCUCAAGCACUACCAUAAUAAAAAAAUGGUGAAGUACAAACAAUAAAUUUCAAGCCAUUUGAAAUAAAAUGCCUUAGAGUAGAAUUUAAUCAGCAUUCUUGA